UGUCCUGUGCUCCAGGAUGACCCUGCUUGGGCAGGCUGGGCCAUCUAGAUGCCUGUGGUCCCUCCCAAGCUGACCGAUUCUGUGAUUCUGGGGGAGCCGGAGAAUAUCCUUGAGAAGUGGACCUGGAAGUGAACCUAGGGCAGGAUGGCUUCGGUUGAAAGAGAGACAUUGUCCCAAGAGGAGCUCCGGAAAAGGCUGUAUCAGACUUUUAAGAGCCGAGGCGUACUGGACACACUUAAGACACAGCUCCGAAACCAGCUAAUCCAUGAACUAAUGCACCCAAUUUUGAGUGGAGAACUUCAGCCACGGAUGGUUCCAAGUGAAGACAGUUCACUUUUGACCACUGCUUCCAACAGUUUGGUGGCAGAUCAUCUAGAGAGAUGUGGCUACGAGUAUUCACUUUCUGUUUUCUUUCCAGAAAGUGGAUUAGAGAAGAAGAAGCUGUGGACUAUGCAAGAUCUUCUUCAAUUGAUGAGGAUCAAUCCAAAAUCCAGUCUUUACAAAUCAAUGACUUCAGGAACUCGGAAGGAAAAUAAAGGUUUCCUUAUGCAAAUUUUAAUCGGACUUACAGAGCAUCAUCUAAAUAGGGAAACUCUUAACACAGAAACUCAGACCACCUCAGUGCCUCCUUUCAGAGAAUCUCUUGCUGAGAAGCUUCAGCUGAUUGAUGAGCAGUUUGCAGACUCUUAUCCUCAGCAUCAGAAAUUUGAAUCUUUAGAAGUAAAACUUAAUGAAUAUAGAAAAGAAAUAGAGAAGCAGCUUCAAGAAGAAAUGCGUCAAAAGCUUGAACAUUUUAAAGAAGUUGAAAUAGCAAAGAUUAAAAUGGAGGAGAAAGCGCAGACCCAGAAAGAAAUCUCUGAGCUGCGCCAUGAGUUAGAGAAGACGCAUCAAGCAAAGUCUGAAGCCUUGAUUUCUCGUGAAAAGAAUGCUAUUGAGAGACUUCAAAAGCAACAAGAGAUAGAAGCAAAGGAAGUGUACACUCAGAGACAAAGUCUAUUGAAAGAUAUUGAAGCCAUAAGGACCAGGGAGGCUGAACUGAAGCAAAGGAUGGAGGCAUUUGAAAUCACCCAGAAAGUUCAGGAGGAGAAAAAUAAAGCUAUAGAAGAUGCACUUCAGCGUCGGGAGGUUGCUGUGAAGAACAUAGAGGAGACAUAUGACCAAAAGCUGAAGACAGAACUCUUAAAAUAUGAGCUUGAAUUAAAAGAAGAAUACAUAGCCAGAACCAAUAAAGUUACUGAAGACGAGAAAAAAAAUAAAGAGAAAGCUAUGCUUUUGCAUGAAGAAGCCAUUGCUGUUAAUUCAAAAAAGGAGGAACUCAAGCAAGCUGUAUCACGCACCAAAGAGCUUGAGCUGGAUUUGGAGUCAGUGAAAGCCCAGGUUCUGUUGGUAAAUAAACAGAAUCAGUUGUUGACAGAAAAACUGAAAGAGGUAUCAGACUAUCCUUUGCUAAAGGAGGAGAAAUUGGAGCUCCAAGUGCAGAAUAAACUACUUAGGCAACAGUUGGAUGAGACUCGCAGUGAGAACCAGCAUCUUCGAGACAAGCUGUCCCAGCCCUCAGCGGAGUACCUGGCCUGCCAAGUGGAGCUGAGGAGAGCAGAGCAUUCUAAGAAGCUGGUGCUGGAUGAAUUUGAAAGUCAUAAGCAGACGUUGGAAAAGCAGCUACAAAGUGAGGUUGAGCGUUGUGCCCAGUUAAAGGCCCAACUGUUAGACUCUGAAGCUACUGUCAGGAAGUUAAAUGUGCAGGUUGAAGAACUGAAACUGCAAGUGAAACAAACACAGACAGCUCUGGAAAAUGAGGUGUAUCGGAACCCAAAACCUUCGCUCGUCGACCGCUCCAUCCUGGACUUCCUUGGUGACAGGAUCGUGCCCCAUGACAUUUACAUGGAUGGCACAUUCCUGAGGAAUCCGGGUCUGACUGAUGUGGGGAGGGUCGGCACUGUGCCAGCGCCUGGCUAUCGACAGCAGCUGCAGCCACGCAGUGCUUCCCUGGACUCUGACCUUGAGUGCAUUGCUCAGGCCCAGGCAAGGGUGAAGGAACUGGAAAAGGAGGCUGAGUACUUGGAAGAAGCCUACAGGAGCUACCAACACAGAGUCAUGCAGAAUGCAGCUGCAAGCAGAACACCAAGGAAGAUGCAGCCUCCUUUAAUUCUGCGGUGUCCUCUUAAUAGACACCCUUUGACUAUCCAGCAUGAACUGCUAGAGGAUAAUCCCAGCUCCCCACAUUCCCCUCUGAGCAGCCCAAGAGGUGAAGAACACAUCAAAAGAACUGGGCAGGUCGAUAACUUUAAAACUCCCUUAACCCCACCACACAGAGGAGCAUCUUCUUCAAGGCGCCUUUCUUCUACUCCCAUUCCCAAAUCGAAGAGAGACAUCAGUAACAGGAGAAUUCCAGAUGAUGCCAAGAGCUCAUCCCUUACCUCUUCACAGCCGAGUGUUGACCAGGUUCUUUCUCCUAUUUCAAAGCCAUAUUUGCUUUCAUCUUCUGAGUCUGUUCCUUCCUCACCAUCCAGUCAUGGCCAGAAAAUCAGACUUCAGAGUCAACAGACAGAUAAACAAGAUUUCAGCGAUGUCCACAAACCAGAGAAACUAAGGUAUGAGGAUCUUGAAGAACACAUUUAUACUCUUGAAGCUCAGGGGGACAUACCAGAGGAGUGUGAAAGUGAUGUCUUGCAUCCAUCUGGGGACAUCGUUGAUGGAAACCAUGUCACAGCCCCUGUACCAGCAACAGCCACUUCAUUGCAGGACUUAACAGUGCUGGAUCAAAGGCAGAUUGAAGAACAGAACAGAGAAGUUGACAAAAACUUAGAAGAAGAAAGGAAAGGAAGAGAAGAAAGGAGCGAGAAAGAGCAACAGGACGCUUUGGAAAGUGAGCAAAAAGAAGUGGAAAAGCUUAAUGAAGAGUAUAUCCAAGACUCAAUGAAAACAGAUGAAGAAAUAGAAGAUAAAGGGGAAGUAAAAUCUGAGCAUAGUAACACUGGUGCUGAAAAUAAUGUAAAGGAUCCUCCUUCAAAUCCAUUAGAAAAAUACAUGAGAAUAAUUCAGCAGAGCAGAGAGCAGGAACUGGCAAACAAGGAUUCAAAAAAAGAAGACAUAAGAGAAGUGUCACUUUCAGAAGGACUUCUUUCUACUGAAAAGGAUGACAGGACUUUGCUCAGCAAUGUAAUGGAAGAAGAAGAAGUACAGAAGCUCUUGAUCAAAGUGGCAGAAGAUCCCUGGAUUUCCAAAAGCCUGUUGCCUGUACCCAGCUGCAGUCACUAGUCUGUUAAGUAUUUUAUCUCCUCACAAACCUUAUUCUUGCCCUAAGGUUUUACACAGCAGCAUACAGGCACUUUUCCUGUCACCACCAAACAUUGAUGCAACUUACAAGAGCUCUAAGCCAUUACUCAGAUGGUAAAUUCUCUCCUUCAUUGUGUGGACAAAUAUGGAUAAACGUGAAAACAUGUUGUUCUGCUGUAUUUCCAUGUGUCACACUGGUGUUUGUAUAAGCAGCGACAAUCAUGUGCCUGCAACUACUCAAAUGCACAAGCAAUUGUCUGCACUGAUGAGAUGCAUGGAUGUGUAUGUUUCUAUUUUAUUUUGGAUCUUUUGAAAAUACUGCUUCAGAUCUAAUUUUGCUCCUUGGUGAAGACCAUGAAUGCUAGAAAAAACCUGAGCAAAUAGCUGCUUAACUGGAAAAUUAUCAGAUGCCUUAUUUUUAUUAGCUCUCGAAAAAUUCAGUAAAUACCCAACAGCACAGUGGAAAAUUGCUAACUCUCAUGAAAAUAAACAUGCAUUUCUUUUGUAUUUAACCAGCUGAAAGUACAUAUUUUUUAAGUACAGGAUCUAGACUGUAUAUUAAAAUGCAACAAUCACAUCAAAAGCCUCUUCUCUUUUCACCCACACUUUCCCGUGGGCGAUCUGUCAUACUGCUUAGCUUCCUCCAUAACUACGAGCUUUGAAUUCAGAUUUUCAGUAAUAGCUUUGAAAUCUUCUCUCAGAAACGCAGUUAUGGCUGUUCUUGCACGGUGUGCCCUUGGGGACAAUGUGGGUGAGAAGCUGAAGUUUUAUUUUUAGUUAAACUUUGCUUACAAUUUUCUUCAAAUACAGAAGUAUACGGAAGAGAAUAUGGCUGGUAACUUUAGAGUUCCAACUGCUUUGGCUUUGUGAAAAAGCCUCGCUGUUCUAUCUGUCUGCCUUUUGCCAUCUGCAAAUCAAUACUUGAUUCAAGUGCAAAGAUGUUGCGAAGUUUCAUUCAUUCAUUACUGUUUGUUGAAGGAUCCAGACACUCAAGCACAAUUGACUAUGGAAGUCAGAGCCAUUACAGUUUGAUAUUUAAAUAGCUCUGCAAACCACAGCCAUUUUACAGUCUGCCUUUAAGCAUCACUCAAGUGUUCCACGUUUAAAAGCGCAAAUUUCAUUUUGGCUCACAUUUAAGUGUUUUAAAAUUAGCAGUCUCCCCAGUUUAGUUUAGACCAGUGGGUUCAGCUUUAUGUCAGGGGAGGCUAUGGCAGUUCCCACCCAGCCCAUCUGCAGCAGUUUGAUUUGACCAAGCACCCUUGAAGUUCAAAGAAGAACCAAGACAUGGAUUGACCCUGACCACCCACAAGGAGUUAAACAAAGAAGGCAGCAAUAUCCUGGUGUUCAAAACCCAGGAGUCAAACCAAGCCCAAGGUUUUAGCCAGCAAAGACUGCUGUUCUCAUUUCUGAUCCCACUCACCAUUCCACUGAUGCAGCGGCCGCAGGCUGUUGUUUUGAACUCUCCAUGCAGCUCCUUCACAGCACUUGUGGUAUAAAAACCUUCUGCCAAAAGGAUUAUUCCAUAUAAGAAGAAAAAUGAUGCAAU